GGAGGUGAAUGGACCGUGCUUGUGGAUGUGAGAGGACAGCGAUGAUCUUUGCAAAACAUCGGUUCAACACAUGGAAUCACACAGAUGAUGAUGAUCGUUAUCUAGAUUGGCUGAAAGCGGAUCUCUUCUUUCUGUGACUGAAGUUCCCAGUGCUAGUGACGGGCACUCAGCGGGUGUUGUCAUGUCCAGGGCGUGACCCUGUGCGCCUCCUCUACCUCAGCCAUCAUGAAGCUGAAGCAGCGUGUGGUGGUGCUGUGUGGCGUGCUGUUGCUGCUGGGCUUGGCCAAGCUCUUUCUGCUGGAUGGAGGCGACGGCUCGGCUGCCAGCCGCCGUGACCUGCGCGCCUUCCGCAAGAUGGAGGCCAGCAUAGCGUUGGCCAAGAACGCUAAGCUCACGCACACGCUGCAGUCUCCCUGGGAGGUGGCGUCACAAUGGGUCGGACCACGCGAGGUCUAUCCGGACGAGACGCCGGAGCUGGCAGCUGUGCUCAAUGCCUUGUCCACCGCCCGCAUUCAGAGGGCUGAUGUGGGUUACAAGGGUACGCAGCUCAAAGCUCUGCUGGUGCUAGACGGAGGGCAGAAGGUGGUGUUUAAACCUAAAAGGUACAGCAGAGAUUAUGUGGUAGAAGGAGAGCCAUACGCAGGCUAUGAUAGGCAUAACGCAGAGAUUGCUGCUUUUCAUCUGGAUAGAAUCCUGGGGUUUAGGAGAGCGCCGCUAGUGGUGGGGAGGUUUGUGAACCUGCGCACAGAGAUAAAGCCUGUGGCUACAGAGCAGCUUUUGAGCACAUUCCUCAUGCACGGGAAUAACACGUGCUUCUAUGGGAAGUGUUACUACUGCAGGGAGAGUGAACCUGCUUGUGCAGAGGGCGACAUUAUGGAAGGCUCGGUGACACUUUGGCUCCCAGAUGUCUGGCCACUGCAGAAACACAGACAUCCUUGGGGACGCACCUACAGAGAGGGCAAACUCGCUAGAUGGGAGUACGAUGAGAGUUACUGUGAAGCUGUGAAGAAGAUGCCUCCCUACGAUGCUGGUCCACGUCUCCUGGAUGUUAUCGACACGUCCAUAUUUGAUUACCUCAUCGGCAACGCUGAUCGGCAUCACUACGAGAGUUUCCAAGACGACGGUGGAGCCAGCAUGCUUAUACUACUGGACAAUGCUAAAAGUUUCGGGAAUCCGUCUUUAGAUGAAAGGAGUAUUCUGGCUCCUUUGUAUCAGUGCUGCAUGGUUCGUGUGUCCACAUGGAACAGAUUGAACCUGUUGAAGGGAGGCGUUUUGAGCUCAUUCAUGCGUCAGGCUUCUGCCCAUGAUCCAGCUUACCCAGUGUUGACUGAGCUUCACCUUGCUGCACUGGACCGCCGUCUUAGCGGUAUCAUAGCCACCAUACGCCAGUGCAUAGAGCUGCAGGGGGCGGAGAGCACACUCAUCGAGGACCGCAUGAACCUGCCUCAUCCUUGAAUACAACGUUAAGACAAAAAAAGACACACACACAUAUAUAUUUGAGAGAGAUAUACAUGAAGGGGAAGAUAAUGUAAUUCAGGAUUGAACGCACACCUUACAGACUUUGCAAGAGCAUUUUAAGGACAAAAUGGGAAAAUACUGGGGAAAUUACUUUGACUCAAGCAGGAAGUUGUUUUACACAGCAUUAGCACCGAUACAGAUCCUGGCUCCUCCAACACAGACUGAAUCAUGCGCACACACCUCCCUUUUUCCUAUUUUCUCAAUAUCCGGCAGCACCACACCAUGGGAAUACAAUAAACUGUAUUUCUGUAUUCCUACCAGCCCUUGUAAAAGUUCUUUAUAUGGACUUCUUUCACUGGGAGUAUUGAAACAUUCAAAUGAGGAGCCACUUUCACUGCAAGCCUCUAUAGAGGCUCAUAAUGACUGUGAGGUAUUUCAUAUGCCUGGUCGAGCCCUGUAAAGGUCAACACCAGUAGAAUGACAUCACUGACAUCACAUACAAAUCACACCAUAAAUAAACAGGAUGGCUUGGCUAAACAGACUGUACAUACACAUCUAUUUAAUGAUAACAAUAAGUGGUGUUCUAAAAUUGAUCAAAAGAUUAUAAUAUUAAACAACCUGACAGGUUUACCUGCUAGAAAUUGUGCAUAUGACUUCUGGAUUGAAACGGGUAAUAAGAGAAAGAAAGUGCUACUGAUGCUCCGAGUGAUUACAGCCUAUCACAGCAUUCAGAAGUUGUAAAAAGAUUUUUUCAACAUUAAAAGAAAUACAGUACAGUG